UAUCAAUCCUCAAAACAAUUAUUUAUUUUUUUAAAGUCCAGCAGAUCUCAGUCUCGUUUCCUUGUCCCUGUUGCCCCUUCCAUCAUCUUCUUCCCCUGCGACGCCCCGUUGCUCCGCGCUCCAAGAUCGAUCGAGCUUCAAAAUGGGAAUGGCAGAAAACAGCCACGAUAUGGAAGAGGGAACCCUGGAGGUUGGCAUGGAGUAUAGGACAGUUUCUGGAGUAGCUGGGCCUCUUGUUAUCCUAGAAAAAGUCAAGGGCCCCAAGUACCAAGAAAUUGUUAAUAUACGGCUAGGUGAUGGAACAAUGCGACGAGGACAAGUCUUAGAAGUUGAUGGUGAAAAAGCUGUUGUUCAGGUAUUUGAAGGUACAUCCGGCAUCGACAACAAAUUUACUACCGUGCAAUUUACAGGAGAGGUUUUGAAAACACCGGUUUCGCUGGAUAUGCUUGGGCGCAUAUUUAAUGGCUCUGGCAAGCCCAUAGACAAUGGUCCUCCUAUUUUGCCUGAAGCUUACUUGGACAUCUCCGGUAGUUCUAUCAAUCCUAGUGAAAGAACUUAUCCUGAAGAGAUGAUACAGACAGGAAUUUCUACUAUAGAUGUUAUGAAUUCAAUUGCCAGAGGACAAAAGAUUCCUCUUUUUUCUGCUGCUGGUCUUCCCCAUAAUGAAAUAGCUGCUCAGAUUUGCCGUCAAGCUGGUUUGGUAAAGCGGUUGGAGAAGUCUAAUAAUCUCAUGGAGGAUGUGGAAGAAGACAAUUUUGCUAUUGUCUUUGCAGCAAUGGGAGUGAACAUGGAGACAGCUCAAUUCUUUAAACGGGAUUUUGAAGAAAAUGGAUCAAUGGAGAGAGUCAUUUUGUUUCUCAAUCUGGCCAAUGACCCAACAAUAGAAAGAAUCAUAACUCCCCGGAUUGCCCUUACAACAGCAGAAUAUCUGGCAUAUGAGUGUGGGAAACAUGUCCUCGUCAUUCUUACGGAUAUGAGUUCGUAUGCUGAUGCUCUUCGUGAGGUAUCUGCUGCCCGUGAAGAAGUGCCUGGAAGACGUGGUUAUCCAGGGUAUAUGUAUACAGAUCUGGCAACCAUCUAUGAGAGAGCUGGACGAAUUGAAGGACGGAAAGGCUCAAUUACACAGAUUCCCAUUUUGACUAUGCCUAAUGAUGAUAUUACACAUCCUACUCCAGAUCUAACGGGGUAUAUUACUGAGGGGCAGAUAUACAUUGACAGGCAGCUACAGAAUCGGCAGAUUUACCCGCCAAUUAAUGUCCUUCCGUCCCUAUCACGAUUGAUGAAGAGUGCCAUAGGGGAAGGGAUGACACGCAGGGAUCAUGCUGAUGUGUCCAACCAGCUAUAUGCAAAUUAUGCUAUUGGAAAAGAUGUCCAGGCAAUGAAAGCUGUUGUGGGAGAAGAAGCACUUUCUUCGGAGGACUUGUUAUAUUUGGAGUUUCUAGACAAGUUUGAGAGGAAAUUUGUUGCUCAAGGAGCAUAUGACACCCGUACAGUCUUCCAGUCCUUAGAUCUGGCAUGGACACUGCUUCGCAUAUUUCCUCGUGAACUUCUUCACCGUAUACCAGCAAAGACACUUGAUCAGUACUAUAGCCGAGAUGCAGCCCAUUGAUGAUGGAAAGCAUCUCAUGUUCAAGAUAUCCAUCAUUAUUAUCUGUAUUGGAGCUUGAGGAUUUGUUUAUUGAUGAGCCUUCCUUCCCAGGUUGCUUCUCUGCUUUAUGAUAGAAUAAAAGUUUUUUUUCUAUAUAAAAUAGUUGAUCAGCAAAUCAGACUUGUAAUUUUCCGCGAUAGCUGCGUAGAUGACGUAAAGCUUCUCUGGUAAUUUAUGUCACUCCUGUGGUUUGGGUCAACUUCUGGUUCGAGCCAAGAAAAUGAACGAUGAGGGCUUCUGGAACUUAGAAGUGCUUUCUGCAUGUAACAUUCUUGUUCUUUAUGCCAUUUAUCUUUGUAUUAAGAACAUUUUGGAGUGUUAUUUUUGUGUAUUUAAAUGGAUUAUUCCUUAUAUAA